AUGUUUUCAAAAGCUGAAUGUGGAAGCAAUGCCAAUGUACCGCAUUAUGAUUUAAAUAUCGAUGAAACUAAUUUGUUUUACAACUCCAAAUUAAUUGCCAGCUGGAUCAAGACAGAUUGGAAUGUUGAUGACAUAAGCUGCCAGGUAUUCAAAGAUGGUCUAACGAAUAAACUGGUCGCGUGCAUAAAUAAAGGUAGCAAAAAUUGUGAUAAUGGAGAGUUGAAGUUGAGUGAAGAGAAUGUAAUUUUGGUCAGGAUACAUGGAAGUGGCAGUGACCUCGUCAUAGACAGGGAGGACGAGUUGUUGAGUAUGUUGGCUCUCCAUUCUCUCGAGUGCUCCAGGCCUCUAUAUGGCAAGUUCAACAAUGGAAUUGUGUAUGGGUUCGCAUCUGGUGUAGUACUUAAUCAGCAGCAUAUUCAUGACUUUGAUGUACAAAGGCUGAUAAUAAAGGAGAUGGUGAAGUUGCAUUCCCUGGACCACAGAGUGCUUCGUAAGUUGUCUCGCGAAGGAAGUUUCAGUACGGUGAGGCCUCAGUUAUUUGAGACCAUACAUAAAUGGAUGAAAAACAUUCCUUGCCACGAACAUCCCAUGCCUCAACGUUGGAGUAAGCAGAGACUGGAGUGUGAGGUAGACUUGUUGGAGCAUCAUCUAUCAUCUCUCAACUCGCCUGUUGUCUUCUGUCACAAUGAUUUGCUGCCGAAAAACAUUAUUUACGAUGCAGACCUAAAGAAGGUGAGCUUUAUUGAUUUUGAGUAUACAUUCUUCAACUAUCAAGCUUUUGAUAUUGGAAAUUUUUUCUGUGAAUUUGCAGGCAUGACAGAGGUAGAUUACAAUUUGUACCCUUCAAGAGAAUUUCAGAUGAAAUGGUUGACAAUAUUUCUGGAGACCUACAACAACUUUCACAAAUUAAAUAAAGCAAUAACUCUUGAAGAUGUUGAUGUUCUGUACAAACAAGUUUCAAAAUUUUCUCUGGCCUCCCAUAUUUUUUGGGCGAUUUGGGCUGUCAUACAAGCCGAACAUUCGAAUAUUGAUUUUAACUACAUUGAAUUUGCUCGGAAGAGAUUGGAUGAAUAUGAAAAAAGAAAAGACGAGUUUCUCUCUCUUUCCAUCAUUACCUAA